AUGGCCGAGGUUCGUCUGAUACAGAAGCCAGGCAAGCCACCAGCCACUGAGAACCUACCACUGAUCUCCCUCACUUCGUGUGUAGGAAAGUUCCUAGAGCACAUCGUUCUCAACCGGCUGCAACCAUUCCUGGAGGAGUCGGGGAAACUUUUGCCAACGAUGAUAGGAUUCCGUCCACACCUCUCAACUCAAGAUAUCCUACUUCAGCUGAAAGAGGUGGUGAUUCUGCAACCGACGCGCAACUCCACCACGGCUAUCCUCGUCUUAGACCUUAAAGGGGCCUUCGAUAACAUCAAGCCUACAGCAAUCUUACAGAGGCUAAACACGCUGGGCUGUGGAGCCAAGAUUUAUUCCUAUACCAGAGAUUACCUCUCAGAUAGAAAAGCCAUGCCAAAGGUCGGGGACCAACCACAAACCCCUUCCCACUGGGUGGGCGCAGCACACCACCGGGCGCAGGGUUAUCCCCUCUCCUUUUCAAUAUCGGCAUAG